AUGCUGUGCGAGGACCUCGCUGGGUUUUGGCUGAAGCGGAGCAGCUACGAGGAGCAGCCGACCGUGCGCUUCCAGCACCAGGUGCUGCUCGUGGCCCUGCUGGGACCGGAGCGCGGAGGCUUCCUAGCCUGGAGCACCUUCCCCACCUUCAACAGGCUGCAGGGCGACCACCUGCGCAUACCGCUCGUCUCGAGCAGAGAAGAAGACAAGAACCAGGAUGGAAAGAUGGAUGCGUUGCAUUUGAAACUGGAGCUUCCCCUGCAGUCCUCUGAGCACGUCCUGGGUGUGCAGCUUAUCUUGACUUUCUCCUACCAGUUGCACAGGAUGUCCACGUUCGUGAUGCAGAGCAUGGCGUUUCUGCAGUCCUCCUUCGCCCUUCCAGGGUCCCAGUUGUAUGUGAACGGAGACCUGAAGCUGCAGCAGAAGCAGCCCUUAAGCUACAGUGGCUUGGAUGUCCGGUACAACGUGUCUGUGAUCAAUGGAACCAGCCCUUUUGCCUCUGACUACGACCUCACGCGCAUUGUUGCGGCCUACCAGGAAAGGAACGUCACCACUAUCCUGAUGGACCCUAACCCCAUCUGGCUGGUUGGAAGGGCCGCAGAAGCUCCGUUUGUGAUCAAUGCUGUCAUCCGAUACCCCGUGGAAGUCAUUUCCUAUCAACCAGGAUUCUGGGAGAUGAUAAAGUUUGCCUGGGUCCAGUAUGUCAGCAUCCUGCUCAUCUUCCUAUGGGUGUUUGAAAGAAUCAAAAUAUUUGUGUUUCAAAAUCAGGUGGUGACCACCAUCCCUGUAGGCACCACAUUCCCAGGAGAACGGUACAAGGAGCAUUUGUCAUAAAGAGCUCUCAUCUUGGGACAUUUCUGACAACAGUCCAGAGACAUGUGCCACCGGGAGACAUGUGCUCCCUCAAGUUCCAUAACUCAGGCACCUCUAGCAUCCUCAGGGAUUACUGUGUGGAAAGACCUGAGAACGGGCUAUUUUGUCUUUUGCCCUGGACCUGCUUGAAUUUCCGGAGAAAACAUUCAGUCCUUGCGUCUCAGAAUCUCCUCACGGAACACGCGAAGCAUUUUUGGCCUCUGUUGAACAUGCUUUGCCAAGUCACUGAAAGUGAGGAGGACUCUCCAUGAAAGGGAUUGAUACGGUGGCUGCAACAGUGGGCCCGAACUGGCCUUAU